AUGGAGAAGAGCAUAAUCGACUUCAGUGAACUUUUUAAAAGUAAUAAUUGGGAUUCUUUUAAGAUUAGCAGAAGUUUAAUUUUAAACAACUUAAAUAGUGAAGAGAAGAAUUAAAAUGAAUAAAAAAACAAAGAGAAGCUAAAUGAACAAUUAAAGUAUUUGAAGGAAUAGAAGGAUAGUCAAUUUUAAAACAUCAUGAACUAGCUAAAGGAUUAUCUCGAUUAAGUUAGAAAAAAUAAAGAUAUAGAAGAAGAAUUUAUAUGCAUUUAGCUAUAAGAAAGUUUAGAAUUUCACAAAUGCAUAGCAUGUCAUGGAUAUAACUAUAGUGUUAUUUCGCUAAUUGAUACUGGAUUUAUACCUAAAACUUAUGAAAAAUAAAUCUAACUUUAAAGUCUCUUAAAAUAAUCUAUUUAAUAAUAUUUCAAUAAAUAAGAUGAAAAAAACAUAAAUUAUCAUAAAGCAUUACUUGCAAAUGCUUAUCAUAACCUUUAAAAGGAAGAGUAUGAGAAUGCAAAAGACUUGCUUGAAGAACUUUCAAAAUUUUAUAAUUUAGACGAGUUAAAAAAAUCAGAGUGCAAAGAAGAAGAAAGUAUUAAUUUUCAAUUGGGAUUUAUUGAAUCAGUGCAUACAUAUAUGGCCCUCUGCUACUUAUAUUCUAAUAAAUUAGAUGAUCUCGAAAAAUAAAUAGAAUGUUUGAAAAAUCUUCUAAAUCAUAUUAAUGAUAAAUAAAGAAUUGGUGAAUGCUAAAAAUCAAUAGCAAUGAAAGAGAGAAUACAAAACCAUGUUGAGCUCUUUUACAUUCAUUUCUACUUUAUCAAACAAGAUUUAGUUAAAUCUCAAAAUCAUUUAAGAAAUAUUGAUAAAAAUCUUGAAAAGAGCCUCCUUUUAUUUUUUUUAAAUUAGAACAGCUAGCUGCUAAGCUACAUAGAGACUAUAUAUUACAAUCUUUUUGGUAAUGAACUAUUUUAGGUAUUCAAAGAGUUGCAAUAAUUUGAGUUAAAAAAUAGGGGUUAAGGAGAGAAUAUAAACAUACAAAAAAUAAAAUAAUUUUUUGAAGAUUUCAAAUAGUAGAUUACCAAUAAAGUUUAUAGUUAUGGUAAGGGUUUGAUUUUAAUUUUAUCUGUCAUCUACACAAUUCUUUUAAGACUGGGAGAAGAAUAUGAUGAAGCUAUCAAGCACAUGAAUCUCAUAUUUUAAAUCUGUAUUUAAACACAUACUGAUUUCUAAUAGUUUCUUGAUCUCUUUUUUAAAUAUAAUCGUUUAAUUUGUUAUUUAUAUAAAAUUGUUUAGAAGCCAUCUGAAAAAUUUGAAAUAGAUUAUAACUUUUGUAGCUAAUUUAGAGAGACUGGAUUAAAUAAAUUGUUCAAAUACCAAAAAGGAAAUGAACAAUUUGUAAUAAAAAAAAAGAAGGAAACAAAUCAAUAAUAAAAAUUUUAACAACUAAACGAAGCCUGUAUUUAGAUGCUGCUAUGUCAUCCAAAUAUUUAGAAUAUUGAAGAAGUCUUUGUUGAUAAAAGUAAUGAAAUUGUAAUUGUUCAAAAAAUGUAAGGAGAAAACUUAAAUAAACUCUUAAUUGAUAAGAAAAUUGAUUAGGAGAAAGCAAUGAGUUAUAUAUAACAAAUUCUGAAAGCUUUUUGUUAUUUACAUUCUUUGAAUAUUAUACAUUCAGAUUUUAAGCUUGAAAACGUUGUGAUAGUCCUGGACGAUGAUACCAAAAUUAAAAUUAUUGAUUUUGGAUUCUCUCAAAUUAAAAUAUUUAAUAAGUUUUUUACUCCUUUAGGAUCCACGAAAGGCUAUGCACCACCUGAAAAAAAAUAUACAUUCGAGAGUGACAUCUUUUCAAUAGGAGAGAGUAUAAAAAAAAUGUUUGCAAAUAAUAAUUUUUAUAAAUCAAUAUAAAUGGAUUAAUUAAUAAAUUUAAUGAUAGAAAAUAGCAUUUAAAAUAGAUGUACAAUUAAGUAGGCCUAUAGCAAAUUUUAGUUAGAAAUGCUUAUUUACAAAAUAUAUAUAUAAAUAAAUUCAUAAUAAGAAUUUAAUUAGGAUAAUGAAAUUUAUAAUGAAUUUGCUAAUAGCAUGCAUUUUUUAUUUUAAAAAUUUAGAAGAUUUCAUUACAAUACAUUUUCCGUUGAAUAAGAAACAGAAAAUGAAAAAACUAAGUUUAAAGAAUUUUAAAAUAAAUAUUAAUAAUUUGAAAUUAUUGGUAUUAUUAAAUCUAUUAAAUUACUCUUAGAUGCAAAAAUUAAUACUUUAAAUUAAUCUUUUGUAGAGUGUCUUGUAGAUAAUGAUAUUAAGUUAUUUAUUUUAAAAUUGUUAAAUUUCGAAAAAAUGAUUUGUUAGGAAUAAAAUAAUUCUAUAGAUCCCUAAAUCGAAUUACUUGAAUUACUUGAGGACUGCUUUAGAGAAUCUAAUUAUGAAGAAAAUAAAUAAAUUGAAGAUCUAAUUAAUUAAUUGAUUGUGAAUAAUAAUAAGGAAACUAAUAAAUUCCUUGAGUAGAUAUAAGAGGAACUUGAUUAAAUUAAAUAUUCUAAAGAUGAGCUUCAUCAUACUGAAGAAUAUUAAAAACUUAUAAAGAAUAUCGAAAAUCAGCUCUAGAAUUUAGAAGAUAAAUAGAAAUCAAAGAAUAAUCCUAAUAUAGAUCAAGGCACGCAAUAAUAAAUAAAUAAUCAAUCAAGUUUAACUUAAUCCGAUAUUUAGCAUUCAGUUUCAGACAAUCAAGAUAUAAAAAAUAUUAAUGUAGGAUCAUACCAUGUCAAUGAAAGUUAAUAGGUCCCUAGCUAUUAAAUUAAUUUUAUUACAUCCUCAUAACAAACUAUUAAUUAAGAUUCAUAAUACACAAAUAUCCAAAAUUUUUAAGGAUUUAAUUAAUAAUCUUAGAAAACUUUUUAUACUUAAUGCUCUUAGUCUCAAAGUUAAACUUAAUCAGAAUAAUAAACUCUACUCAGCUUUCUUAGUAAUCAACAACAAAAUAGUUAAUCAGAACACUAAUUUGUAAAUUUACCAAAUCCAUCAUAACAAACUAAUAAAAUUUGA